AUGUCUGCUCAUUUCCAGGCUCUUACUCUCUCCUUGUCUUUGGUUGCCAUUACAGCUUCGGCACCACUCGAUGUGCGACAGCUCGCAAACGGCCUCAACGAAACAGUGGCACUGGCUGCGCAUGCCGCGGAACACAUUCUGCGAUGGGGCAACCAAUCCGAAAUAUAUCGGAAAUACUUUGGUGACCGCCCGCCAUACGAGGCCAUCGGUGCGUAUGAAAUCAUCGCCAAUGGUGACAAGAGGCAAAUGCUGUUCCGCUGCGACAACCCCGACGGAAAUUGUGAUUUGGAAGGCUAUGGCGGCCAUUGGCGCGGCGAAAAUGGAACUGAUGAAACUGUUAUCUGCGAUUUGAGUUAUGAGACUCGCCGCUCGCUCAACCAGAUGUGCGCGCUUGGGUAUAACGUGGCGGAGUGGCCCACGAAUACUUUCUGGGCCUCAGAUUUGAUGCAUCGACUGUACCACAUGCCAGCAAUCGGAGGAGGGUACAUCGAGCACUUUGCCGAGGACUAUGAUGAGGCCAUCGAGCUUGCCAAGGGCAACAAUACAUUCUCGACCCGUGAUAGUGAUACUAUGCAGCUUUUUGCACUUGAGGUUUAUGCAUACGAUAUUGCUGUUCCCGGAAAAGGCUGUCCAGGACAAAGCAGCGAUAACGGCGACUCAGCGUUGGCCUCGGCUACCUCCAGCGCAACGGUUGCUCCAGCACCUGCAUCCACAAGCGGAUCGCCAACAUUAUCUGAGAGCCCUUCGUCGACAUCCAGCCUGCCUGCGAAUUGCCACACGCAUGAAGGUGGAGACGUUCAUUGCACGUAG